CUCGGCCACCAUUGACCAACAUUGCUUCCCGCUCUCGCUACUCUCGACCCCCUCCGAGCUCUCCAGCUUCCAUCACUCUCCUACAUCUUAAUGUCCUCACACGACAUGCCGCGCCCUCGAAUUCCCCCACCUGUUCCUCCCAAGCCAAGGCUAGCCGCGCGUGCGCAGCAUACACAUCAUGCUUCUCCCGUCGCCCAUCCAAACGCCCCUCCCCUUCCACACGCCCCGCGCCCACAAAUACACCCCGACUCUACAGUGACACCACCACUACGCGCUGCGCAACUCUCGCCCCCUCGAGGUAGACCGCUUGCUGAGCGCCCCGGUCCCGUGCCGUACGCACAGGAGCCGUACCGCUCAUCCAGCUUCUACUCGUCGUACAGCGCAUCCAGCUCCAGCUCCUCCGUGCAGGGCGGCAAGCGAGUGCGCGUCCACAACGCUGUGUCGAGUGUGACCCAGUCUCACGCGUUUCAGUCUGCUUCUGGCGCCACUGCUGGCUUCACUUCGCGCGCACGCGGGUUGCUAGGCACAGCGGCGAGCUUCGCUGCGGGCGCAGCGAGCCAGGCGGCCAGUUCGGUAACGGGAGGAGGCGCAGAGAAGCCGCAGACGUGGGGCGAGUGGGCCCGCGAGUGGCGCGACGGGCGCAAGAGUAGCAUCAAGGGCCAAGAAGUGCUCAACCUUCUGCCUGGAUGGGCUGUGAAGCGCCCGUGCAAAGACGGCGGCGAAGACGCGUUUGAUCUGCACGUUUCUACGGCGGGCUUCUGCUCGUUUAUCCGCGACCCGUCGAGCGCGACGCGGACCCAGCGCGCGCUCAUGGGCAUCGCCAAGCGCUUUGCCGCCCUGCCGGCUAUUCCUGUCGAGUCGCAGAUGUCGCAAGUCAUGGACGAGGCGUUGACCGACGAGCCGGCGCCCAUGGACUUCCCGGCAGCCGACAAGCCGCCAUCAGCGACCCGGUCAGGCGCUCCGGCAAGCAGGUCGACCGACUCCCCACCACCGAGCAGAAGCAAUACAAGCGAGAUGGCAUUUGCCAAUCCCGAAGUGCUGUCGCUGGCGCACGAAUAUCUCGACUCGCGACUACGCCCGUUUUGGUCGAGCGUGCUUCCGUUCCGCCGCGUGGCGCUGAGCAUGUACACCAUCCCCUUGCCGCAGAAGAAUGGCGAGGCGCCGCCCAAGCCUGACGCUGAGUUGUUCCGCCAGGAGCCCCUCAUGCGGACGACAUUCACGACCAACGGCCAGGGCCACUUUGCGCACCAUUUCGUCAUUCCUUGGCAACGAAUCUGCACGCACCCGCAGUCGGUGCCGAUGGCGUUUGCCGACGACCCGGCUAACGACCGCACGGACUGGGGUCUUGUCAUCCACGCCGAGCUAUUGAGCGAGGAGGGCCCGGAUAGACUCGUCCAAGCCUCGCCGUCCGACGUGCCGUACGAGCAGCGCGUGCCACGGCGAGUGUCGAGCGCAACCAGCUUCUUUUCGAGCGCCGAGCCUCCCAACCAGAAUGACGGCGACGGCGAGCAAGAGAUGGGCCUCAUGGGUCUGGGGAUCGGGCGGACAGCCGUCACCUCUGAUGUGGUAGUGGGCAUCUCUCGGCCGGGAGGGAUUCGCGUCAUUUCUGACCUCGACGAUACCGUCAAGCACUCAGAUAUCCUCAGCGGACCGCGAGAGGUGUUCCGCAAUGUCUUCUGCCGGCGCCUCGAGGAUAUUGCCGUGCCCGGCAUGAGUGAGCUUUACCAGAAGCUCACGCAGGAGGGCAUGUCUUCUUUGCACUUCGUGUCCAACUCGCCCUUUGAGCUGUUCCCAAUCGUGACAGAGUUCUUCAAGCUGCACCGCUUCCCGACGUACUACAGUCUCAAGCUCAAGUUCUACGGCGGGCGGUCAAUAGUGACGUCUCUCUUUGAGCCGGCGGGCGAGCGCAAGCGCCCGUCCAUUCUGGAGAUCCUCGACGAGUUCGACGACUCGACAUUCAUCUUGAUCGGUGACUCGGGCGAGCAAGAUUUGGAACUGUACACGGCCAUUGCGCAUGAACGGCCCACUCAGAUCGCCGCGAUAUUCAUUCGCGACGUCACCUCAGGCCGCGUGGACGAACUUCGCCGCAUGGCUGGCGACCCGACCAAGCUUGACCGAGACCUUGGGGACAUCAAGCUCGACAGCCCACCGUCCGGAGCAAGCACACCCGGCACGCCGAGCGGCCGGCCCACCAAGGAGGAUAUUGACGGCACCAUGGCCGAGCUGCAGGAGCUGAGCGCGAGCGAGCAGAAGCUCCUCCGCCGCGCCGCGCAGUGGGAGUACCGCGUGCAGCGCGCGUACGAGCAGGUGCCGGACAACGUCCCGCUCGUGUUCUUCAAAGAGGCUGAGGAGAUUGAGAGCCUGGCGCGCGGCAUCGUGCGCGAGGCCGCCAAGGAAGCCGCCAUCCCUACUCCCGGCAAGGGCGCGCGGCCGGAGCAUUACCACAAAGCGCACACCGGCAGUGUGCGGAUGGACGACCGGAUGUGCGGGGAGUUGAUCGAGGGCGCUGAGCGGCGCUCCGAGUCGUCCGUGAGCACAGUGUCUACAGCCUCGACGCCGUCUACCCCUUCGACCCGCUCCACACCGUCCCCAACCCGGAAAUAGAUAGACUGGUGAUCUCGGGAAAUAGCCCUAGCCCGAGUCCAGAUAAGAAGCAGGGUGUCUAUUUUGUGCACGGAUGAGAUCGAUGUGCAUUGACCGAGCAAACUCCGAGCUCUACGCAGCAUGAACGAAUGCACCGCUCGGCGUGCUGGGGAUGCGUGCGGGAGAGGCACCGCACUGCCGAGA